AUGUGCAAAAAGGUUUCAGACAUCUUCGAAGACAUACUCCAGCGCAACAGAGGUGGCUUCUCCAAAGCCGCUCGAGAUGAGUGGAAGCAGGCCAAGGCGAUUGUAGUUUCUGAAGAUCAAAGUGUCAGCUUUGUAAGUUUCCAGCUCGUCAAUGGUACUCACGAAGAGCUAAAAGCUCUCGAGUCUGUACUCGAGUUGCGUCGAGGUGCAAUCUAG